UAUCGCGAAAGUACUCAUGAAAAGAUAAUGAUAUUUUAUUUAAAUUGUGAAUUGAAGCAGUCACGAUGAUGAGUUCUAUCAGUUUGGCCAUCCUGCUUUCUACCGCGUCCUCGGUAAUCGGUCACGGCAUGGUAUUAGACCCGCCAGGCCGCGCGACCGCUUGGCGAUACGGCUUCAGAACUCCAGUGAAUUAUGAUGACAAUGGUCUGAACUGUGGAGGGGUGGGGAGGCAGUGGGCUCGAAAUGGAGGAAAAUGCGGACUUUGCGGCGAGCCUUACGACACGUCAAUACCUCGUCGCUACGAGUACAACGGCAGAGACUAUCGCGGUGUCAUCGUCGCCACUUACCUUCCUGGCUCCCCCUUUCAAACCACAACUAGGCUCACCGCUUACCAUAAGGGCUUUUGGGAGUUCAGACUAUGUACCAACCACAGGAACAACACCCAAGAAUGCUUUAACCAACACAUUUUAGAGCUAAAGAGCGGUGGACCUAGAUAUUAUCCUAAGAAAGGUAGCACUACGUACUAUGUGAAGUAUAAGCUUCCUGCGUUGACUUGUGACCAUUGCGUGCUACAGUGGAGGUAUGUGGCUGGAAACAGUUGGGGGAGGUGCCCUGAUGGGAGGGGGAGACUUGGGUGUGGCCCGCAGGAAGAGUUUAGAGGCUGCUCGGAUAUUGCUAUCUUGCCUUAGGGCGUGGGUAGCCCAAUGAGGUUGGCUAAAUGUCAAAGAUCAGUGUAACUAUAAAACUCCCGUGAUACUCAAACUCUCGCUCUCUCGGUCGCUACUCUUGAGAAAGAUCCUCGGAAAUGGAUUGAAACAUGUCGAAUAUUAUAUCGACUAACACGUGAGUAACCCGCUUAAAAUAUUUUUAUAGAUCAGUAUAGGUAAAAAGUAUACUAGUCUCUAUUUUUGUACUAUUUUGUUUUUUUUAUGUAGAAAGUGAUUUCGUAGGUACUUCGGACCGCCACCCACAUUGUUCCAUUUUCUGUGACAAAAAUCUUCAUAUGGCCGAGGUUAUUAAAAAGUUAGUAAAUAAUUAAAACAUAUUUUCCAAUCAUAAUUGCCUUUAUUUACACAAUAAAUAUUUGCGCACAAAUCAACGAUAACAAAUAUUGUUAUUUCACUACAUUUGAGAAGUUGUAUGACCCAUAUUUUACACUAAAAUAAAUUAUACACAUUACUUAUUUUGGCUUUGCGUGAAAGCUUUGAGCUCAGCGUAGCAAACAUUUUGAUCAUUUAUGGGCUCAAACAUUUAUAAUUUUUGACAUCAAUAACUGCGAACUAUGUAAUACGGCCCAUGACCGCCAGGCGUUGCCAGCGGUACAGUCACGCACACAGCCAAUAAUGUGUAACACGUAAGUUUGCAUUACAAAAUACAUACAGGGUAAAAUUGUUAAAAUUAACCAUACGUUAAGUCAUAGGUACUGAACUACUUUUACCAGGCUAACAGAGAAAUAGAGAAAAAAAUUACUGUCUUAUGAAUUCAUUUCGGUGAUUCACAUCAAUAGAACAGCCGAGUUUUUGGGAUUUUAAUAUCAGUUCGACAGUAAAAGUAGUUCAAAGUGACUUAUAUAAGUAUUUAAUUUAUCCCUUACCUUACUGUAUGGCGAAACAUAACAAUUUCACUCUGCAUGUUUAAUCAUCUUAAGUAAAUACUUAAUAACACAAUGUGUUUGACACAGUAAUUUAGUUAUAACACAUGUACGUAGUAGAUUCGGGCUGUUAAAAUUAUACUAGAAACAAAUAAAAUAUACCGAUCACAAGCAUUUUACGAAUAAAAAACAAAGGAAUGCUUUUACUGAGCAAUAUAAGUUGAUUUUUGAAAUUUUGAGUAAGAUCAAUAUUGUUACCUAAUGCUUGAUUUUGUGGUGGGACUGUGCCGUUUAACAGGGCAAUCGAUAACAGAUAAUACACAAAAUUGUGUACCUCAUUCAUUUUAAGUAUGCUUUAAAAAACUUAACAACUUAACGAUUUUAAAGCACAGCCUUCUGUUUAAUAUUGCGAUUUUAAAAAUAAUUAUAUCAGAAGCAGUUUAAGAAAUCGUAAUAUUGUAAUUAAUUACAAAAGUAUAAACAAAAUGCACACAAUAUACAAUAAAGCUUUUUGUACAAACGAUUGCUUUCAUCUGAUUUAAAGCCUUCGAGAACGCUUUAUCAUCUGCAGUAACAAUAUCAACACUCCAAUAACAAACACGUUGUAGAAAUUUAACCCAUUCAUUUCCAACGUUCGCAUCAUCCGCAUUACAAUUUACAUGUAUCGUGACGCGAAUUCGCGUCUUCACCAAUCUGGGUUAAAUUCAUCAAUAUAUGUAAAAAAUGUCAGUACAACUAUGCCACUUUUAUUUUCUACAUUUUCUUGACGGACCAUAAGUCCCUAAACUAUACCCUCAUCAGAGUGCCUUACCAUUCCGGUAUAGAAAGUAUACUUCUUGCUUUCCAUUUAUAAAAUUCAUAAAACUGACAAUUUUACUUGAUGGAAGUACUCAAACAUUGCAAUCUUCAAAAGUUAUAUUGAUAUUACUUCCCGAAUCCAACCUAUAGGCACUAGUCCCACUAAAAGCGAGUAAGCGAUGAGCUAUCGAUAGAAACGAACAAAAUAAAUAUAAAAUAAAAAUAAAUAUUGGGGACACCUUACACAGAUCAACUUAGCCCCAAACUAAGCAAAGCUUGUACUAUGGGUG